AUGUCCAAAUUCACAAGUCCUCAAGAUAAUGAAUGGGAACAACAACUGAAGAUUCCACCUCAGGUUGGAAAUUCAGGUGUCGGUGAUGCCCAUCUUCGUCCGGUUAAUCUGUUUUGGAGUAACGUUUUCAAGAUAUUUGAAGAUAAUGUUGUUAGUUUGACAAAAUCCGAUUUAUCUUCAGCUUUUCAAUAUAUUGAAAAGUCAAAGCAAAAGGGUGGUAGUAAUACAAAAGAAAAUCUUCUUUCAAAAGCUUAUAUCUCAGAUGAACUUUUGAACGAAAUUAAAAGCAAACAUAAAAAGGUUUUCGAUAUGCUUCCCGAAGGACUAAGUUCAGCCACUUAUAAAGAAGGUACUACAGGGGUUGUUUUAAUUGGUGGAUCCAAAUUCUCUUGGUUAUCAUAUCUUUCAUUAUUGGCUCUUAGAAGAUCCGGUUCAAAGCUUCCAGUAGAAAUUAUCAUGCCUACUUUUAAAGAUUACCAAAAAGAAUUGGAUUUCUGUACUAAAACAUUACCAGCUUUGGAUGCUUCUUGUGUAGUUGUUCCUGAUAUUUUGGGUCCUUCUGUUAUGUUAAAUUGGCAAUCUAAGUUUGCCAAUUACCAAUUUAAAUCUUUGGCUCUUGUCACUUGUUCUUUCCAAAAUGUUCUUAUGUUGGAUUCCGAUAAUAUUUUGAUUGAUAAUCCGGAUGAAAUUUUUCAAAGUAAACUUUAUCAAGAUUAUGGUAUGAUCACUUGGCCUGAUUAUUGGGAACGUACCAUUUCUCCUUCUUUUUAUGACAUUGCUGGAGUUAAAGUUAAUGAAAAGAAACGAGUCAGAUAUAAUCGUUUCCCUCUUAAUGUCCCUUUAACCGAAGAUCCUAACUUAAAUGAUGAGGAAGUUGAAUCAGUUCCUUAUCAUGAUUUAGAUGGUGCAGUCCCUAACUUAUCAACUGAAUCAGGUCAAUUGGUGGUUAACAAAGCAACUCAUGGUAAAACUUUGUUAUUGUCUUUAUACUACAAUAUUUACGGUCCUAAUCUUUUCUAUAAGUUUUUCUCCUUGGGUGAAAUGGGUGAAGGUGAUAAAGAUACCUUCCCAGCAGCUGCUAUUGUAGCAAAACAAAAAUAUUACCAUGUUAAAUCUUAUAUUCAAACCUUUGGUUAUAUUAACUCUGGUGGUAAUUUCCAAGGUGUAUCAAUGGGUCAAAAGAAUCCUUUGAAAGAUUUUGAACUUUUCGAAGAAAAAGUUGUAACCCCUGGCUAUAAUAACGAUAAAAAACCUUUGAAUGAUCAAAUUGAGGAUUUAAAGAAACUCCUGUCAGAAACAUUUCAUAAUAGAAAUGAAGUUCCUCUUUUUGCAAUUCAUUGUAAUUAUCCUAAACUUGAUCCAAAAGAAUUCAUGAAUCGUGAAGAUCUUUAUGAUCCGGAAAAUGAUAGAUUAAAGUAUAAACUUUUCAAUGGCUUGACAUACCAAAAGGCUCCUACUGCUAUAGAUGGCCAAGGUGAAGUCAAUUUCGAGUUGGAACAAUGGAGUGCUAUCCAUAAAACUGUCUGUGAUGACAAGAUUGAGUUUGUUCAUUUUAAAGAUGUCGACCAUUCCAAAAUGUGUGAAUUUAUCAAAAAUCAAGUUAAAUGGUUAUCUCUGAAGGAUAAUUAA